CGGACUUCAUUUCCCAGCGCGCAUCGCGUCGUGCGAUGUUUCCCACAGCUGACAGACAGUGAGCAGAGACUCACAGCAGAACGCGCAGCUCGCACGACGCGCUUCCACAGCGCACUUGGAUUUGGGAUUACCUCGAACCACAUCUCCCUUGUGGAUCCCAGCGUAGACCGCAGCUACCGUCUGUUCGGACAGUCUGAUGGCAUGCGUCUGUAGUAGUGCAUGUGGAUUGUAUUUUUAUUAGUAGUUGCACUCAUCUCUCCAUCCACGGCGUGCCCGAUGCAGUGGGAUGGAUGGUGUUAGAGUGGGGCUGAUGAUGGUGGAGGAGAGUGAUGAACAGAGGGACAGGGACAGGGACAGCAGCGGCAGCGGCGGUGUCGCAGCCAUGGCCGCGCUACACCAGUGUGAACUGAUCCAGAACAUGAUCGACAUCUCCAUCUCCAGUUUACAAGGGCUCCGGACCAAAUGCGCGGCGUCCAACGAUCUCACGCAGCAGGAGAUCCGCACUUUAGAGGUCAAGCUCAUGAAGUACAUCUGUAAACAGCUGCAGUGUAAGCAGAAGGUGCCAGACACAGAAAGGCCGCUGGCCCUGAACAGCUACCCACGGCUGGAGGACUGGUUACGCACCAUCAACGUCAGACCUGAGCUCAUAGAGGCAGUGAACGUGAAGCUGUCAUUGGAUGCGCUGCUGCAGAUGCCCGGCAGUCAGGUGAAAGAAACCAUGAGACGGCUGGGCUCCAGUUCAGAGGAUUGCACCAGGCUGUGUGCUGCCCUCAACUGUUUAAAGAGUGCCUCUGAGUCAGGGGAGUUUAAAGAGGACAGCGGUUGUUGGUUCUCCGAGCCCAUGAGGCGGGACAGUGGCGGCUUGACUCCAGUGGACCAGAUUCCGUUACUAGGAGGUUCCCUGCGCCCCCACAGCCCUUCCCCUCUGGCCCGGCCCAUGACCACUCCCUCCACCCCCUCUACGCCUCUCACCACCUGCCUGUACCCCCGCUACAUCCUGUCGCCUGGCGAGGCUCACAUUUACCACGGUUACGCAGAGAGUCUGACCGACCCCAGCCCAUAUUACACCUCCCGUCCCGUCAGACUCCACGGACAGUGUGUGAAGAAAAACAAGCUGUUUCUGAACGUCCAGAUUAAUGGAAACGGUUGUGAGGACUCUUCAUCUCGCUCGCCCACUCUCUCUGCACGGACCCCUGGGGCAGCACCCGCCACGGCACCGUACACUUUGCCAGGCACUCCCACACUACAGGAAGAGCACAUCGGCCUGCGGAAUAAUGUUACCGUCCACCGCAGCUCACCUCAGGCUCUGCGGAGAGACAUCGGGCUGGCUGUCACUCACAGGUGUGUGAAGAAAAACAAGCUGUUUCUGAACGUCCAGAUUAAUGGAAACGGUUGUGAGGACUCUUCAUCUCGCCGCCCACUCUCUGCACGGACCCCUGGGGCAGCACCCGCCACGGCACCGUACACUUUGCCAGGCACUCCCACACUACAGGAAGAGCACAUCGGCCUGCGGAAUAAUGUUACCGUCCACCGCAGCUCACCUCAGGCUCUGCGGAGAGACAUCGGGCUGGCUGUCACUCACAGGUUUUCUACAAAGUCUUGGCUCUCUCAGACAUGUCAAGUGUGCCAGAAAAACAUGAUCUUUGGGGUGAAAUGCAAACACUGCAGGUUAAAGUGUCACAACAAAUGCACUAAAGAAGCUCCACCCUGCAGAAUCUCCUUCUUGCCCAUCACAAAGAUUCGUAGGACUGAGUCUGUACCCUCAGACAUUAACAACCCUGUGGACCGUCCACCCGAAGCGCCACAGUUCGGGACGCUACCGAAGGCAAUAACAAAGAAGGAUCAACCGCCGGCGCUGAAUCAGCUGGACUCUAGCAGUAACCCAUCCUCCACUACUUCCUCUACGCCUUCAUCUCCCGCCCCCUUCCAGCAGAGCAAUCCUCCAAGUGUAACCCCGCCCCCAAACCCCUCGCCAAAGGGCCACCGUGACAACCGCUUCCACUUUCCAGCUGCAUGUUAUUUUCAGCACCGACAGCAGUUCAUCUUCCCUGAUGUGUGCAGUUCCAGCCUCCUUCAUUCAGAUGGGCUUCCAGACACAGUUAAUGAGAUCGAUCCAUCAGUGGAGGAGAUGCACGCAGAACAAGACGAGGAAGAUGACAGAGAGGAACUUGAGGAAGAAGAAGAGGAGGAAAUAGAAGCAGAAGAGGAAGAAGAUGUGGAGGAAGACGAAGAGGAAGAGCUGGAAGAUGAAGAGGAGGAGGAUAUGGAAGAGCUGAACCACAGCUCAGAAGGAGAGUGUGAAGGAGACGAGCUGGACGACCUGCCCAGCACGCGAGGAGGAACCCACUGGAAAGGUCCCAUCUCUCGUAAGGCCAGCCAGACCAGCGUCUACCUGCAGGAGUGGGACAUUCCCUUCGAGCAGCUGGAUCUCGGCGAGCUCAUCGGGAAGGGUCGCUGGGGUCGGGUCCAUCGCGGCCGCUGGCACGGAGAGGUGGCCAUCCGACUCCUGGAGAUCGACGGAAACAACCAGGACCACCUGAAGCUCUUCAAGAAGGAGGUGAUGAACUACAGACAGACGCGCCACGAGAACGUCGUCCUCUUCAUGGGAGCUUGCAUGGCUCCGCCUCAUCUCGCCAUCAUUACCAGCUUCUGCAAAGGCCGGACGUUGUAUUCUGUCGUGAGGGACACGAAAAACACGCUGGACAUCAAUAAGACUCGGCAGAUUGCGCAGGAGAUUGUGAAGGGAAUGGGCUAUCUUCAUGCUAAAGGCAUCGUUCACAAGGACCUUAAAUCGAAAAACGUCUUUCAUGACACAAACAAAGUAAUCAUCACUGACUUUGGCCUUUUCGGGAUCUCUGGAGUGGUUCAGGAGGGCCGACGUGAAAACGAGCUGAAGCUUCCUCACGGGUGGAUCUGUUAUUUGGCUCCAGAAAUCGUGCGUAAAAUGAGUCCCGGAAACAACGAGGACAGACUUCCAUUUUCUAAUGCUGCUGAUGUUUAUGCCUUUGGCACCAUCUGGUACGAGCUGCAGGCGAGAGACUGGCCCAUCACCAGUCAGCCUGUAGAGGCCACCAUCUGGCAGGUGGGCAGUGGAGAGGGCAUCAGGAGGGUCCUGGCAGAGAUCAACUUGGGAAAAGAGGUCACGGAGAUUCUGUCUGCCUGCUGGUCAUAUGACUCUCGUAAUCGGCCCACGUUCACGCAGCUGGCCGACAUGCUGGAGAAACUGCCCAAACUCAACCGCCGCCUGUCUCAUCCUGGGCACUUCUGGAAGUCUGCAGAGUUGUAGCCGCGUGCCUGAAACAUGAGCAAUGCAAAACACAAUUCCUGGCUCUGCCUUGCAUGCCUGCUGAAAGCCUGACCUCUUCUGGAUUUACAAACUAACAUCGCCUGCUCUUCCGUCUCCAACUUUCUGUGGUUCUGUGGGUGGUGGGAUGAGGGACUGCUGUGGAGAUGUGUAAAACGAAAUGCUUUGCCUUUUUUAUUCCUAUUCCUAUUAUUAUUUUCGGAGUGUGCGACUGGUUCUCCCUUUCCGCUCCAAUUCGUGACGUCACGUGACGCAUUUUUCCCGCUGGAUUUGCAGGAUUCAAUGACACUACGAUGAAGAUGUUCUUUCUCUCUCUCUCUCUCUCUCUCUCUCUCUCUCUCCUCCCUCUCCUGUGGUCUUGGUGCCUCUUAGUCCUGUGUGACAUGCGCUGAUUCUGUCUCUGAUUGGCUCGUCUGGUUUAUGCUAACACACCUUUAGUUGUCACUCUUCCUCCAUGGUGUCUGAUAGUUGACGUUUUGUUUCACAAAUGAUAAUGUUCUUGAUGGAAAGUUAUUGAGUUGUGAGGGUCUAACAAAAUGUGGUGUGUGUGUGUCACAUAAGGGCCCUUUCUGAGUACAGAUUGCGAAAAUGAGCCGAAGAGAAGCAAUGUUUGUCUUCUCACCUGACUACAGGGCCUGAUUUUCCACGAAGAUGUUAAACGUUUGUAUUAAAGUGAGAUUUCGAUGAACCCAGCAGAACAGUGUUCCAUAAGUUGUGUAAACAUGAACUCUCAUGCGUGUUUGUGUGUAACGUGCGUGUUUGUAAUGUUGUGUAUUUGGAAGGGUGUGUGUUUGUUUGUUCUGUGAAAGACUGGACUUUGUGGUUUGGAAAUAUCAAUGACUAUGUAAAAUAUUUAUGUAUAAAUAUGGUUUAUUUAUUGUACAGUCAAUGAACAGAAUUCUUUUAAUAUUUAUAUGGACAUUUUAUAUAAAUAUAAAUAAAUUAAAUAUAUAUAUAUAUAUAUAUAUAUAUAUAUAUAUAUAUAUAUAUAUAUAUAUAUAUAUAUAUAUCUGUACAUCAUGACAUUUUGAAUAGGUACUGCUGUGCUAUCCCAGAUGUAAAUAUUCUUUAUAUUUUUUCAUGUAAAAAAAACCAAAACCAAAAAAAAAACAUGGAAAACAUUUUUUUUUAGAAUGGGUCGAUACAUGUCAUGUACAGUCAUAUUUUUGUAUUGCAUGUGGCUACUGUACACAGUGUCUGUUCUCAUCCUUGAAAGACAAUAAAAUCGAGCUUGUCACGUGACUGUGGUCAAAUCUAU